CUUGUCCUAAAAGUUAAUUCUUAGCUCAUCACAACAGGUUAUACACUGAAUAAAGAAUAUCAAUUUUUACAUGUGCUUUUUAUCUUCUUCUUUUUUUAAUUUGGGACAGUUUCAUCACGUAACUAUCAACUGCAUGCAUGUGUUAACUUGUAAGUAUAUAUAAAGCUUAUAGUUUCAUGUCUUAAAAUAGAUAGAAAUAAUAUGAAUUCGAAGUCUCAUACUCUUAGCGAUGAAAUUAACCCAUCAACAUUUGGUGAGAGAAUUACGGUUUUAAGUAUCGAUGGCGGAGGCAUUCGAGGAAUUAUUCCGGCGACCAUCUUGACUUUUCUCGAAUCCAAAUUACAGGAGCUUGAUGGAGAACAUGUAAGAAUUGCAGAUUACUUUGAUGUAAUAGCAGGAACUAGCACUGGAGGUUUAAUGUCAACCAUGUUAACUGCUCCUGAUGAACAUAAGCGUCCUCUUUACAAAGCCAAAGAUUUGGUUCCUUUCUAUCUUAAGCACUGCCCUAGAAUAUUUCCCCAAUCCUAUGAAAUAAUAAUGCAAAUGAAAUCUUUAAUCGGACCCAAGUACGACGGAAAGUAUCUAAGGAAGUUAAUUCGCAACAUACUCGGAAAUCGAAGACUUCAUGAGACCGUAACUCGUCUUGUUAUUCCUACAUUUGACAUCCAGUUACUCCAACCUGUAGUCUUCUCAACUUUUGAGGCAGAAAUUGAUGAUUCAAAAGAUGGAUUGUUAUCUGACAUUUGUAUCAGCACUUCUUCAGCUCCAACUUUCUUUCCAGCUUAUUAUUUUCAGAUCAAAGAUUCUGAAGGAAACUAUAGGGACUUCCACCUUGUUGAUGGGGGCAUAACUGCAAAUAACCCUGCGUUGCUGGCUAUGAAACCAACCGGAACAGUGUUUCCCGAUCCCGACACAUUGCCGGCGCAAGCUCUUCAUUAUGGAAAAUAUUUGGUGAUAUCUCUAGGCACAGGAACUUCAAAAUUGAAGAAAAAAUACAGUGCGAAAUCUGCUCAGAAAUGGGGAAUUUUAAGCUGGAUUUACAAAGAAAGACAAUCUCCAUUGGUUGAUGCUUUUACACAUGCUAUUGACGACAUGGUUGAACUUCACAUGUCCUUGAUUUUUAAGACCAACAAAUGUGAGCAUAACUACCUUCGUAUUCAGGAUGAUACAUUGAGUGGCGAUGCAUCGUCAAUGGAUAAAGCAACCCCAAAGAAUAUGGAUGAACUUGUAAAAGUGGGUGAAAGAAUUUUGCAGAAACCAGUUUCAAGGUUUAACAUAGACACUGGCAUUUUUGAUCCAGUUCAAGAUGAAGGCACCAAUGAAGAAGCCCUUGUUAGGUUUGCAAAAUUAUUAUCAGAAGAAAGGAAACUCCGCAGGCAGAAACUUUUUAGGAGUCAAAAAUCCAACAUCUAUAUUUAGAUGAUGGUAAUUAAGAAAAUAGAAAUAAAACAAAAUAAAGAGGAUUAUAUAUUCUUUCACAAUGAAAUUGUAUUGUAUUUUACAAUUACUGUAUUGUAUUUAUUAAGUGUGUAUUAUGUGCGAGUGUGACGUACCAAAGCCAAAGGUACAUAAUCUUGGAAAUAAAAAAACAUCGAAGAUGAUUUCCAUCUCCAUUAAUCUAAAAAUAAAUGUCUUAAAA